AACACACAGUUCAACCGACCCAACAAUCACAGUGCUGAUGGAUCUGCAAGAGUUGCCGGAGGGUUGCAUAGCCAACAUCAUAUCGCUGACGAGUCCUCAAGAUGCCUGCCGGCUGUCUUUGCUCUCUAAGAUUUUCAGGUCAGCCGCGGACUCCGACGCUGUUUGGGACAAGUUCCUUCCGCCUGAGACACAGACGAUCCUGUCCCACUCCGGAAAUUCCGAACUAUUGGCCGCCAAGUCCAGGAAGGAGCUUUACCUCGCUCUCUGCGACAAACCCGUCCUCGUCGACGAGGGUAAACUGAGCUUUUCACUGGACAAAUGGAGUGGAAAAAAAUGUUACAUGAUAUCUGCAAGAGAGCUUGGUAUUGUCUGGGGUAAAGAUCGGCGGUAUUGGAGAUGGGCUUCUCAUCCAGAAUCGAGGUUUGGGGAGGUGGCUGAGCUUCUUUUUGUUUGCUGGCUUGAACUGCAUGGGAAACUUGAAACACGCCUGCUGUCCCCAUCGACUCUAUACAAAGCUUACCUUGUGUUUAAGUUUACUUCAGGGGCUUAUGGAUUUGAACAUCUUCCUGCAGAGGUCAGUGUAGGUCUGGAGGGAGGAGAAACUAGUAAGCAGACUGUGUUUCUUCACAAUGAAAGAGAGGUAGAUGACAGUGACUACUCAUCAGAAGAGAUGGACUACUCAUCAGAAGGGACGGACGCCUCAUCAGAAGAGAUGGAAAACACAGAACUAAUGGACUACGCUCCAGGAAGAAGUGAACACCUUGAAGGAGAGUCGACCGGCGAUGUAGAAGGAGAGAUAAAUAACUCCAAAAGACUGAGCGAAGAUGCGGCUGGAGAUCUCAAAGAUGUCGAAGGAGAGAUCAACGACACUGGAGGUAGAGACGAUACUGAAGAAGAAAGCAACUAUUCCGACGAAAGCAACUAUACCGAAGCACCUGAAGUAGAGAUGAAUGAAGAUCGACACCAGCGUGACACACCCGGGUGGUUGGAGAUUGAGAUGGGUGAGUUCUUUUGUGAAGGGGGAGAAGAUGAGGAUCUGAUAAUGAGUUGUUUGGCUAAUGGGGAUGGUCAUUGGAAGAGAGGUCUCAUUGUUCAAGGCAUUGACAUCAGGCCCAAGAGGAAAUGAUAGUACAAUUCAUCUUCUUUGUGAAAAGGUUUUGAUUUAAGCCAUAAUCUUAGUUUGAUAUUGAGGCUUGAAAUUUUGCUUGGAUGCCAAACCUUUAGUUAAAAACUCGAUACCAAGCCUUAGGCAUUUAUCUAUAACUUAGCAGCUAUUAACUUAUAGCUUAUCUCUUGCGUGAGGACUGCCGCUCUAGCCCUCGUAUUUAAAAUUUAAAAUAAGAAAUUCUGUAAUUUAAUAUGAAAAAAAAAGUCUUUUAUGUUGGAAUACUAUUUUCUUGCAUUGUAAG